CUAAUAAUGAGGGAAAAAAAUCCUAGCCCAGUUAAAGAAGAAACAACGAAAUCAUAAUCCAGACUAAAAGAAGCUGUGGAUUUUGGGAAUAGAACUAUCCCAAGGUAUCAGACUGACAACUUCUCACAUCAUUAUCAUUAUUUUACUUGGCUACUGAAUCUGAACUUAAGAGUGAUCCUGAUUGAGGAAAUCCGCUCGAGACUGAAUGGUUUACUUGCACGCAGUUUUGAUUACCAUUGGCUGAUGAGCGUGAGAGGCUCCUACAAAGGCCCGAGCAGAUCGGAGGAACUUUUGGAAAAAUCUCUUUUCAACAAAUAUAUCCAACGUAUGGGGAGCCUACAUUUCCCCUCAUUCCUAAAUCCUUUGGAUUAUCUUUUCAAGUGUCUCUUCAAAUUGAAGUUCUAUUUAUUGACCAAAAUCAUCUAAUAAUCUGACAAUCGAAAAUGCUGUGGCCUGAAGCUGUUUCUGUAGCCAUCUGGGUAGCAUGUGGAGUUAUGGGUAUGUUGCUGGCUGAUACUGAGCAAUGUAGCAUUAAAGUUCUCAAGGUCGUCCAAAUCCACACCGAUUCCAUACAGUUUACGAUGAACACCUCUGAUGCAGAAUGCCGAUUCAGAGUCAAUAUCACAGGCAGGCUUGAGAAUUCCACAAACUGUCAUCAAGAUCAAGAAAAUUGGGAAGUCACUCAAUGUAAACUGGUGAAUUUGGAACCUGGAACAUGGUACCACCUGACUAUAAUAUCAAAAACAGACAGUAAUCUACACAACUUGUCCCUGCCAACAAGACCUUCAGUGGUGAAAAGUGUUCAGGUGGUUAGAUACAUGGAUAGCCUGAGGGUGUCCUGGGUGCCUGGUCCAGGGAGAGCAGAGCUGUUUCGGAUUCUGCUCAGGGACAGCACAGGUCUGGGCUCCCUGUGGAACAUGAUGUUGGACAACAUUACAACUUCGUACAUGAUAAAUGGCCUGACUCCUGGUCGUGUGUACAAUAUGAGCAUUGUGACUGAGGCAGCAGGGAUGCAAAACACUGUGUCCAUGCAGGAACAAACAGUACCGAACAUGGUCCUUAAUGCACAUCUGGAGAACAAUGGGAGUCAGACAAGCCUUCAGGUCUCUUGGGAUCAAGCUCCUGGUGAUGUGGACAGUUAUCUGGUCCAGUUAAUGUCUUCUGAUUCAGCUGUGCAGGAGCAAACUCUGUCCCCAAACACCACACAAACUCGGUUUGACCAUCUGACACCUGGCAGCAUCUACCAGGCCUCAAUCUAUACCAGGAGUGGUGAUCUCAGCAACCAGGUCAAUGUGACUGCCACAACAGCUCCAGGUGAAGUCUCUCAGCUGAAGAUGGACAAACCUGCUAAGUAUGGGGAAGUGAAGAUUAGCUGGCUGCCCCCUGUAGGACACUGGGAACACUACAGCGUGAUGCUCUUUAAUGGCAGUGAGAUGCUCUUUAACACAACCAUACAUAAAGCUGCUACAGAGUUCAGGUUUCCUGGGAUUGAGCUUUAUCCUGGCAGAGUUUAUCAAGCAGCAGUGAAUGUAGAGAGCAGAGGGCAGACCAGCACUGUCUACUGCCAUGCAGAAAUAGGUCCACCACCUGUGUCACAGCUACACAUCCGCCAUGCAGAUGAGACAUCCCUCAGUGCCUUAUGGAACCACAGUUUUGGCUCAGGGUCACGUGACGGCUACACCGUGGAGCUUUACUACACCGCUGGUUCCACUGCCAACAAGACACGAAGGCUAACCCGGGAUAUGAGAGAGUGCACGUUUAAUGUUCUGGUGCCUGGCCACAUGUAUACAAUUGUUGUGACAACCACUAGUGGAGAUCUCCGCAGUUCUGCGACUGUGACAGGAAGGACAUUACCUCAUGAAGUGACCUCCCUGAGGCUAAACAAUAUGAGAAGCACAGAUUCUCUCCAUGCCACCUGGGACAGGCCUCAGGGAGAUCUGGACUCCUAUCAAGUGCUGCUGCUACACAACAAUGAGCCUGUGUAUAACCUCACCGUCCCAGCUAACACCACUGCUCUCCACCUCCAACAUCUCAAAGCUGGAGCUCUUUAUAAACUGCUGAUGAACACAGUCAGUGGAGAACAACAAUCCAAGCAGGCUGAGGCUGACUGCCACACAGUACCAGCAGCUGUGGCUGAAAUAACGGUGACAAAUGAUGGGCGUCCAGAUUUCCUCAAUGUCUCAUGGAAAGCUGCACCAGGAGAUGUGGACAGUUAUCAGGUCAACUUGAAAGACCAUGAGCGGAUUGUGUACAUGCUGACCGUGACCAAACUGAGCUCUGAAUUCAGCAGCCUUGUGUCAGGACGACUGUAUACUAUCUCCAUUAGCACCUGCAGUGGCUCUUACAAAAACACCACUGAGGUCCAAGGAAGAACACAGCCCUCUGCAGUGCAGAACCCCAACGCCAUCCAUUUAGCCCGAGAAAAUGUCCUGAAGGUGUACUGGAACCAUGCAGUGGGAGAUUAUGACCAUUACAACGUAGCAAUCCUGCACAACAACACACUCCUUCAGAACCAGACGGUGGAGAGGAGCCGGAACGAGUGUGUGUUUAAUGAUCUGGUGCCUGGUCGACUCUACAUGCUCACAGUCAGCACCUGGAGUGGAGAGUACGAGUCCAGGAUUUCCACUGAAGGACGUACAUUUCCUGCUGCAGUAUGCUCACUGGCCCUGUCUGAGAAAGGAACCACUCAUCUCUGUGUGAGCUGGAAGUCUGCACCAGGGGAUGUGGAUCACUAUGAGCUCCAAAUCCUUUACAAUGACACAAGAGUUUUCCCAGCCAUGAGACUUAACUACACAGCACGAAAGCACUGCUUCUCUCCACUCAACCCAGGCUUUCUCUACAAGAUAGUGGUCUCCACCAUCAGCGGGUCGUACCUACAUGCCCAGCGCAUAGAGGGCCGCACUGCACCCAGUCAGGUUAAGAACCUCCAGCUCCUCCCUGGGACACUCAGUGGCAGUCUCAGGGCUUCCUGGAGUGCUGGUGCAGGAGACGUGGACUUCUAUACAGUCUUCCUGUUCUGGAAUGCACGUGUCGAGAUUGUCCGACGUGUUCCUAAGCAGGACAACAGGACUGAUUUUGAAGAUCUCAUACCUGGGCAGUUGUACACAGUUAGAGUACAGACAGUGAGUGGAACACUGACUAAUGACAGCACCAUCAGCAGGCGCACAGUUCCUUUGCCGGUGAAGGGCCUCCAGGCUGAUAGUGAACUCACUACAAACAGCCUGACUGUUAACUGGGAUGCACCGGUGGGUAUGUACGAUGGCUACAGUGUUCAACUCUUGGAUGAGGAUGAAGCCAUAGUAGCCAAUGUUUCAGUGCCUGCAGGCUUCACACAUUACCUGUUUGAGGGUUUGGUCCCAGGAAGAAUCUACACUGUGCAUCUUAAGACCUUCAGCAACACUUCUCACAGCAAGGCAGCCACAGUAAAAGGGCAAACACGCCCAGCAGCUGUGAAAGGUCUCCAUCUGCUUUCCAAUAGCACCGCUGAGCUCGCAUUCAGCUGGAAUGUGUCUGAAGGCUGGGUGGACCACUAUGACCUCCACCUGUAUAGCCCAGAUAAUAUUCUCCAAGACCACAAGAAAGUCGGGGCAAAAGAGACAAGCUGCAUUUUCCCUCACCUGCUUCCUGGGACACUUUACAAACUAGUGGUGAUAAGCAAGAGCAGAGGAAUGAGCAGCGAGUCUUCUUUGUUGGCACGCACAGUUCCUGCCACUGCUCGAGACUUGCAGAUUGAUCACGAGGGUCACACAGACAGUCUGUUCCUGAGCUGGAGACAUGCUCCUGGGAGUCUGAGCGGAUACAUAAUUUCUCUUGAGGGCUCGGAUCAGCCAGAACAGAUAUUGGGACCUGAAUACACUCGCACAAUCUUCACAAACCUUCUACCUGGUUGCUUAUACACUGCUGUGGUGCGCAGCUGGAGUGGAGAACUUACAAACGUUGUCUCUGUAGCAGGCCGCACAGUUCCUGAGCCACCAACAUCUCUGACCAUUAAAGAUGUUGGCCCUGUUGGCAUGGUGGAGGUGAUAUGGCACAUUCCUGCUAACGGGGACUAUGAUGACUUUGAAGUGAAAUGGCUUCCACAAGAUGCGCUCCAUAUGUCCAAACUGAACCCAAUGCGACGCAUCAUGUCUGGUCUUCACCCUGGGCGGUUGUAUAACAUCAGCCUGUCCACUGUGAGUGGGGGAACACCAGGGCCUGUUGCCUACAGCUCAGCUAUCUACCACUCCAUCCGCACAGCUCCAGGACCAGUCCAGAGCUUCCACUGUCAUCCCUUGAGCUCGAAGUCUCUGUCAUGCUCCUGGAAGCCUCCAGCAUCUGAUUACAGUGCUUACUUCAUAGAAUGCAGGAGGCAAGGUUUGAACGAGCCUGUGUACAAUUACACACUGAGUCCUAAUACCCAGUUUCAGCACUUCGACAAGCUGGAGCCUUUCAGGAACUACACAAUCUCAGUUAUGGUGAUCUCUGGAGACAAGAAAAGUGCAGCCAUCCAGAAUAGCACCUUCACCAUGAUCGAUCGGCCACCGGUGCCUCCUCCCUCGGUACGCAUCCGUGAGACAGCAGUGCACAUCACUCAGUCCACCAUUUUCUUCAAGUUUAACUGCAGCUGGUUCAGCGACAUCAACGGGGCCAUUCGCUACUUUGCUAUCAUUGUAGCCGAGACUGAUGGGGUGGAGUCUGUGCUGCCAGAACAUAGGCAUCCUCUGCCCUCUUACCUGGACUACAAGCACAACAACUCUGUCCUGGCUUAUCAGACCAGCUACUUUCGGAGCCUGUGUGGAGACGAGACAAAUUCGGCCACCCCAGUGUUUGAGAUCAACCUUGGAGCUGAGAUGGACCGUCUGGGAGGAGCUUGUGAGCAAGACAUGGAGCACAAACAGAAGGGGAACUAUUUCUGUGAUGGACCCUUAAAAUCCAGAACAGCCUACAGGCUGAGUGUUCGAGCCUUCACUCAGCUCUAUGAUGAAGAGAACAGGGAAAUAACUCAUCCUUUGUUCAGCGACACCUACCUCUCACUCCCACUCUGGACACAAGCAGAGCCGCUGGGAGGUGUUGUUGAGGGAAUCAGCGCUGGUUUGUUUCUCAUUGGGACGAUGGUCACUGUAACUGCCUUACUGAUCUACAGGCAGAGGGUCCGCAAAGUAGCGGUGCAGGAAAGCCCUCUGGUGAGGAUGAGUAUGUGGAAGGAGGUGCCCACUUCAGGGAUGUAUAUGGGGGUCAGGAGCAAUCGCCGCUUAUCCAGCCCCAUCAAAGCAGCCCACUUUGAAGCUCAUCUCGGUAAACUCCAAGCCGACUCCAAUUAUCUCCUCUCAGAAGAGUUCGAGGAUCUUAAGGAUGUGGGACGGAACCAAGCUCUGGAUGCUGCCCGUUUACCUGAGAAUCGCUGCAAGAAUCGAUACAACAAUAUACUGCCAUAUGACACGACCCGUGUGAAGCUUUCAUGCUUAGAGGAUGACCCAUGCUCAGACUACAUCAAUGCCAGCUUCAUCCCAGGAAAUAAUUUCAGGCGGGAGUACAUUGCCACGCAGGGGCCGCUCCCAGGCACGAAGGAUGAUUUCUGGCGCAUGGUGUGGGAGCAAAAUGUGCACAACAUUGUCAUGGUGACGCAGUGUGUUGAAAAGGGCAGGGGGAAGUGUGACCAGUACUGGCCUGUGGACAGGGAGCCAUUAUACUACGGUGACCUUGUGGUCGACAUGCUCUCCGAGUCCGUCCUGUCAGAGUGGACAAUCCGCGAGUUCAAGAUAUUCUGUGAAGGCCAGCUGAGUUACCCGAGGAUUGUGCGUCACUUCCAUUACACGGUGUGGCCAGAUCAUGGCGUGCCUGAGACGACCCAGUCACUCAUUCAGUUUGUGAGAACUGUGAGAGAUUACACUGACAGGGUGUCAGGCUCGGGCCCUACGGUGGUCCACUGCAGUGCCGGUGUGGGCCGUACAGGCACUUUCAUCGUGCUGGACCGUGCUUUACAGCAGCUGGACAGCCGUGGCACCAUUGAUAUUUACGGCUGUGUGUUCGACCUGCGUCUGCACCGCUCACACAUGGUGCAAACCGAGAGCCAAUACGUGUACCUCCAUCAGUGUGUGCGUGACGUUCUGAGAGCCAGGAAGCUUCGCUGUGAACAGGAGAACCCACUUUACCCCAUAUACGAGAACUUUAACCCUGACUACUAUAGAGAUUUUAUGUUCACUGGACAAUGAGGACUUCAUGAGGACCUCUCAAACAAUCACACCAGAAGGAAUUUGCAUCUAAAUCUAACUUUAAUAACUGGUGCACUUCGCUGCAAAAAAAGAACAUCUCAGAAAGUGAAAAUAUCUUUAAUACAUGCACGUGCUUUUAGGUGCUUUCACAUGUCAAGCUUUGAAUUUUCUGAUUCUAUUGGCAGACCAUUUUGAUUCUUGAAAUAAAUACCUAAAAUUAAAAAUAAAAUAAAAAAUCUGCAAAUAGCUUAAAGCUUGAAAUUGGUAAGAAAAAAUGUCAAGAAACAGGUUUAAUGUGGAUAACUGAAAUCUUAUAAUAUUAAAUACUCUAUACAUUAAACUAUAUUCAAGAUAUUUUCACUUCUUAACAUGCCUUUUUUUGCAGUUCACUGGGAUAUAACAUUUAUUUUUAUACAACCUCCUCAAGACAUAUUUAAAAUGUUAACAUUUGCUGUUUAUGGAUAUUUAUGUCUUUUAUCAAUUUUAUCCUUUUGUUAAUAUCUGCACUGAAUCUUCCUAUAAUUUUUGUUCACGUUAUUAUCUCCCUGAGUUCAUUGUUUGUUUUAUUGGAAAUUGAAUAUGACUUCUUGCUUUAAUGUGAAGCAGACUGAACUAAACUGAACUUCACCAUCUGAUUGGGAAUUAGGAUUUGGGAAUUGACUAAACUGGGAUUAAAUGAGGUGAAAAUUGAUCUUUGUAAAUAAGGCUACUGUGUGUGUGUGUGUGUGUGUGUGUGUGUGUGUGUGUGUAUGUAUAUAUAUAUAUAUAUAUAUAUAUACACACACUGCCUUAGCCCUGUCCCUAAACAACAGCACUGUUUGUUGAGAAAAUCUUUGCUUGCUGUCACACUGCCUCUGGAAAGUUUAAAGGUCAAUCCAAGUGAGAUUAUGACAGCUGAAGGUCAACAGAAAGCCAUAAAAUCUGCUGUGGAUUUACAGGAAACAACCCUGUAUCCAAUAAACCAAUCUUAUACCUGGUUUAUUGUAUUGUUAUAAUAGAAAAUACUACAGUAUAUUCAAUAUUAUAUUUCAGUGUAAUGUAUUUACUAUUCACUGGCUACAUUACUCGACUGUUAACCAAAAAACAGCCUCUAUUUUUAAUGCUGUUGGGUUGCCACUACCUCAAAGAGCAGAGAAUGAGAGUGUUUUUUUUAAGUUAAUCACACAAUCAAGUUGUUAUUUUCCAAUAACAGCACAUCCUGAACUGUUAUUUCUUUAUUGCAAUGUAAAAUGGCAACCAUUAAAACUGUUUAUUCAUCAUAAAGAAUGCACACAUCAUACUUUAUAUCUAAAAUGGUGUAUGAGGGCCAUUGCAGGAAAAGGGGAAAAAUGGAGUUGGGGGAGGAAUAUUCCAAGAAUUUCUGAGAUUAAAGUCAAAUCUGCGAGAAAAAAAGAUUAAAGAUUAAAAAGACACAAAUGUACAAGAAACAACAACAGCAACAACAACUCAGAAACAAUGUCUUGCUUCCCAGAUGCAGUGCAGUCUGAGGAAUGUAGUUAAAAAUCUCUUACUGCUUUCUUUUAUAUUACACAGUCGAGGAGGAAAGACUGAAUUUCCUGUAACUGUCCACUCAGCCGUGGCGUCUGUGAUGUAAUAAUGUUGACCUUGUAAAGUGAAGUUUUUCCUCAUAAAUUUGAAACAUUUUAAUAUAUAAAUUUCUGAGGGCUUUUUUUUUUAUCACAAAUUAAGACUUUAUAAUCUCAGAGAAUGUCUGAGUUUUUCUUAUAAAUUUCCAACUUUAAUCUCAGAAAUUUGAUUUUUCUCAGAGUAUUACCCCCUCCCUCUGUACUUUUUUUCAUUGACACUAAAACACCAUCAUAUUUCUGUUUAUAGUUCCCUUUAAUGUUGUGGACCAUCCACGAAAUUAGUUCUUUUUUAUUGGAUUGGAUUAUAAUGUGAAAGUGUUUUUUUUCUUUUCUCAUAGUUGCAGGAAUAAAACUAAAAGUUUGAGUGUUGAAUAUGCAAGCAGUGUAAAUCAUGUUGUAUUUGAAAAUGUGGUGAAUCUGAACUGUGGAAAUAUAUUGCUUUUUUUAAAAUAGAAAUCCUUUUAAUGUCACCUUUUACAUAAACCAUUUAUAAGCUGUGUAUGCUGAACUAUGUUCUCUGCUGCAAGCAAUAAUACACGAGGCUAUAUUAUAAUAUUUUAUGAUUAUUCAGAUUGAGAUGAUGCUCUUUUUACGUACUGUAGACACAAAAUAGAAGUAUUCUGGAGGCUUUUUUAUGUAGUGUGACGUCAUAGCAUCUGUUUGAAUAUUUUAUCAUCUCCAGUAUUUCUAUAAUUCACACUGUUAUAAAUUGCUAUUUAUGUCUGUAUAACAUGACGGAACAUCAUAUAUGUGAAAAUGAAACAGGAUUAGUAUUUACUUACUUUGCUUUGCAUGAGAUGAAAGUGAACAAAAUAUAUAAAAUAUAUCAGAAUUUAUUUGGCCUAUAAAUUGGAGUUGUAUUGAAUUGGAGAAUAAACACUGCACAGAUUAUGAAUGUUUAUCAAGCCCUGUUUUUUAAUGUGGAUUUUAUAAUAA